CUUUGACUUGCUAUUAUUGUUAUGUUUAUGUGCUUUCUCUUCACUUACAGUUUUAAUUAUAUUCAAUAUGUUUCAAAUGUUUAUUUCGGAGUAUGUUCAAUAUUUAGAUAAAUGAGUCUUCAAAUGAUGAAAACCAAGUGAACAAGUGCAAUGUAUAGUCAAACGUUACAAACUGGAUCAGACGCGGAGACCUUUGGCUUCAAUGUUAGUGUGUAACAUCUACAUUGGCCGUCCACAGCACUGUGUCCCGACAGUGAACUUGUACUCAUAUGAAGAUAUAGUGAUUACAGUGAAAUAAUUAAUUGACAAAUAAUCAUCACUUCAUCACACAAAUCAAACUUGCGCAUUAAAGAACGUUUUUACUUGAUUCCUUUUAUCUAAAUGUGCAUAAGUAAAUGACAUGGCAUCAAAACAGAUUCAGUGUGAAAUGUGUUGUAAUGAAAAUGCAGUUGGAUAUUGCAAAACCUGUGGAAAUGUUGGAGAAACUUGUUUAGAUGUUCACAAGACGGUGAAGGUGUUUCAAACUCACAUGGUCAGUAAGAAUGAUGAAAAUGAUGCAAAUCCAAAGGUCAUUAAACAGGACAUCACAGAAGAGAGAUGUAAGCAGCAUCCGACAGAGAGAGCUAUAUUUCUUUGUAACAUUCAUGAUUCCAUGAUUUGUGGGAGAUGCCUUCAUUCGGGACAUCUUUCUUGCGGACAAGAAAUCGUUGACUUGCUGCAUGAAGCCGCUUCCCUUGAUUUCGAGAAAGUCAACAAAAUGAAGUCAGCUUUGAAGGAGGUAAAAGAUGAAAUUUUCCUUUUGAAAGAUGAAGCAGAACACAGUAAGAAUAGCUCCAAGAAUAAUGCUGAGAAAUGUGUGCAAGAAUGUAUGGAAUUGGGAAAUAGACUUAAACAACGUGUAGAUGAAUUGACAAGUGACAUUAUACACAGAAUAACAAAAGUGAAUGACAUAAACGUGAUAACCCAUUCAAGUAUAGCUCAGAUGUGUACUGAGAAAACUAAGUGGUGUGACAAUGAAGAAAGUAAAAUUGAUGAUUUUGUUGACAAUAAUAUGGCUGGGCACUUGUACCUAUUGCACAGACAUUUUGAGAAAGAGGUUUUGGAUGCCAGCUUCCACCUCAAAGAAAUCAAACACAAACAUACAUUUAAAGGAUUUGACCUUAAAGAAAACAAAGUUAUACUAAAAUGCCUGUUUGAGGAUUUGGAAGAAGUUUGUGAACAGCAAGAAGAAGUUACUGGGAGCGACGAUGGAAGUGCCAACGAAUUUGUCGCAUCCACUACAAAAGUAAACAAGACUCGGCGGGAGCUCACUGCAAUGAUGAAGAAAGACUUUAAUCAAGCAGAAAAGAAAUGGAACUUACUCGAACAAGAAUUACAGAAAGCGAAAGAGGAUAUAGAGAAAUCUGAAAAGAAACUGAACAUGCUCGAACAAGAAUUACUGAAAGCGAAACAGGACAUACAGGAAUCUGAAAAGACAAGGAAGGGAUUUGAGCAAGAGUUACUGAAGGCGAAACAGUGCAAAGAGAAAUAUGAAAAGGAGGGAGUUGUGGUCAAGGCACAGUUUUCACAGAUCAAAGACAACAUUAAAUGGACUCAACCAACUGGAACUGUUGACAUCUUAACCAUCAUUGAAGGAAGAAGCCGUUUCAUCAAAAUGGUUUUUAGAUUCCCGGAUGGCAUUCAGACGAUGCACCAUGCGUCCCCGGGAAAACCGUAUAAAGGCGGCACGUUCACAGGAAGCUUGUUGGACGACUCCGAGGGCCAGCUGUUAUGUAGGAUGUUAAAGGCGGCAUUCAGGAGAGGGUUGAUGUUCAACUUGGGGAAGGAAGGGAAAGUUGUCCUGGACGGCAUCUCAUUGUAUAAUGGUCCAGUGUUUUACAAUUGGACAUAUCCGGAUUACAAAAGAUACACACAGACAUUGAAAGCGGAGCUGUCAGCCAAAGGUAUCACAAAGGCGAAUAUAGACCAGACGGAGGAGCUAUACGAGACCGUGACUGUUGACGGACUACGCUUUCUCGAAGCUUCGCUGAGUUCUUAAAUAAGAUGUUAGCGAAUUUGUAGACAUGGUCAAAACAAAGGCUAACGUAGAACAUUGACUAUCGUCAGUCUGUUGUCCGUGGUCGUCUGUUAUGAAUAUCAUUUUUCUCAAAGAUUUCCUGUUAAAAUAAUUAAGCGUGUUGUAAAGGAUAUUUUAAUGAGAUGUGUUACUCAGACUUGGAACAGAACAUGUUGUUGUUACCGAGCUUACAAAUUACUACGUUUGAUGAUUGUUUUAUUUGUCGAUACUACACGCUUAGAGUUUAAAUUUUCCAUACGGAGAUCAAUAGAUGCUAUAUUUUGGAGUAUUUUAUUGGAUAAAGUAGAACAUGCAUUAACUGUGCGUACAAUGUUAAUCAUAUUAUAUCAGCAAUUCUUGAUGACAUUUUGUUCAUACAAUAUUUUUUCAGAAAUACCUAUAAUUAACAAAAUGUGGAAAACUGAUAGCGCAUAUCUGUACAUUUCACAAAAAUGCCUUUCCGGUUUUCACGAAUUCGUUUUUAAGUUGUCCACUAAUCAUUUAUUCCCAUUGUAGUAUGUGUACCACAAUACAUUAUGUAAAUAAACAAUCUCUUCCCCAUGAUUUGUAAUAUGUUUGGUUGUUAUUGUGUUGUUUUUGAUUGUUUUGUUCGCUAAUAGUUGUUAUUUGAAAAAGCCUUAUAUAAUCGUAUGCAUUUAAAACGAAAUAGUUAUACAUGCGCUAUGUGCGCGUUUAUUUUAAUAUUUUCAUUUUAAUAUUUAUUGAUGCUCACAAUCAGGACUAACAAUACUAUGGUUAUUACCCGUGUAGAAGAUUUGAAUAAACACAAAAUCACAGGCAUGUGUACAAUUUCAUGUUUACAUAUAUAUCUUAGUGUAAAGGCAUGGAGCUUAAGCAUCUGUAUUAUGGUCGGUGAGAGCAAGGGGUAACUUUGCGUUUAAGCCAAAUUUUAUAUGCUCGACCAGAAAGAUCUCAAACGUUUUUUGUUAGUUUGCUAAAUUAAAGGUAGUACUCUUGUGCAAAAGGUUGUGGUUCUAUGCCCGACCGAGUCAUCCAAAAGCAUUUAACGUUUUCCGCCCCCUUAACUCCAUUUACACGCGCUUGACAAAACAUGAUAUUAUUGGGAUACAUGUUGUUGUUUUUUGUGUGUGAGGCUCUGCGCGCAUAAAAAACGCUUUAAAGCAUAGUGAGCUCGUCUUUAACUAACAAUUUCAAUUUGGUUACCCCAACAUAAAGAGUAAAUGUUUUUUGUGUGUAAAGCUUUUGAUACAUGUAUGGUCAAAUUGUGUUGUAUGUACGGUUUUUGUACAUCAUGUGGUGUAUUUUGGGCCUAUUUGUUUAACCUUUGGGCCUAUGCGUUUAACCUUAGGGCCUAUGCGUUUAAACGUUAAGACAGUUGUUGCUUAAUUGUUUGAUAACCUUGCUUGACCAUACAGUUCUCAUUGUUUUAUUACAAUUAUAUCCAAAGGCAGUUUGUGUUUGGUGCAACCUGCGGUAGUAAUACAGGCAAAAGUGUAGAAUGGUAGGGUUUUAACUGACCUAAUAGCGUUAUUAAAACGAGCAUAAACAGAGCGAUUUAUUGAACGAUGUGUUAUCUAUGUUUCGAAAAUGUAUGUAUUAUUAAAUGCAAUGGAGUUAUAAACAGGUUUGACACUUUUAACUACGACUACAAAGGAGAGUUCUCUACGUCAUAAUUACUUAUACAUUAGGGUGGUUUAAUGUUAAAUUCAUUUUACCUUUAUAUGUUACAUCUUUCUUAAAUUUAUAUGAUUGUGCUACAAUAAACGAAUACGUUAGACAGUACAUAAUAGUAUAUUAUUGCAAGGUAAAUGUAAAUGAAACGGGACUAGUUAUGGUAUUCAAAACGUUCUGCUUUGCAGUUUAAUAUGAUAGGAAUUCAAAAGAAAAACUUAGGUUCAUACAAUUAUUUUUGACAAGUAAGCCAUUGAAUAUGAUCUGAUAUUGAAUGGUUCACUAGUCAAUUAGUAUUGUUUUGUGUGUGACCAUUUUAUUUAGUAUAUACAAAUUCAUUUUAGCUCGAUUGUGACGAAAGCUAAGCUUAUAGAAUCACUCUCGUGUCCGUUUCCUGGGCAGAAACCAGUACUGUGUCCUUUUUUGAGGGGCAAUGAGAAAGUAACCCUGAUGGGGAUCGAACCCACAACCUCUUGGGUGAGAGGAGGACACCUAUACCACUAGACCACUCUCACCAGACCAUUUUAUUUGUUAUCAGGAUUAAGAGAAACUUCGAGCUAAUGCGAUGCUUUGUUGAUGCCUGUGACCGAUGACUGUCCAUUUAUAUGUCAUAUACUAUCUUAUUUUGGCAUGUACAAUUGUGUUGUUCAAGCCGUAUUGUAUUAUGAUAUGGUAUUCAAUGUAUUGUAGCUGUUUUACAAGAUUAUUCCUGAAUUUAGCCAUUGGCAUACUUUGUUUGCAAACAUUUAUGUGAAUUAUGCCUUGUAUUACACAAUAUCAUGUCUGUAUUGUAAGUUAACAUAAUAAUCGGAAAAUAAAUUCGU